CAAAUUUCAAAUUGUUACGUACGCUGUCUCUAAACCUCCAAUACCCAUUGACUUUGCCACACCGAAUAAAAAUUUGCGGGCAACUUGGUCUUAAAAAAACAGCUUUACAUUCACCAAUGUUGCCAAAUAUUGAUAUAAGUUUUGAUGAAUGCUAAUGAUAGAUUCAAGAUUUCUGGCUUCCCGGAGACGAGCUUGCGAAUUCUGUCCAGUUAGCAUUAAUGGCGUGUGAGAGUCAAAUCUUCAGCCUGAGUGGACCUUCAUUUCUAACCGCUGUUGAUUGGAACAACUCCGGGCACAGAAGGUCGGUGGCGGCCAGCUUGGUCCAGGGAGUUUACACCCUCGAAAACGACCGGCGACAGAACCGGCAAGCCCUGGCCCCUCCCUGGUGGCACUCUUUCAACUUCCGACUAGUCCAGAUUCUUGUAGACAACCACGACGUCUCACAUUUCGGCGCCGUCUUCGAGUUCCUCAACCAUCUCAGCGGGAGUGGGGCGGGGCCGCCGCAAUACGUGAUCGCCUUCCGCGGCACCAUCCCCAAGCCCGGAAACCGCGAGGAGGAUUUCAAGCUGGACCUUCACCUGCUCAUCAACGACCUCCAAAAAAGCAGCCGCUUCCAAAUGGGGCUGGAAACCGCGUGCCAGAUCGUGCAGCACGCGGGUCCCGCAAAGGUGUGGCUGGCGGGGCACUCCUUAGGAUCAUCCCUGGCGCUGGUGGUGGGAAGAGAAAUGGCCAAGACCAUGGGACUCCAUCUGGAGACCUACUUGUUCAAUCCACCCUUCAUCGCUCCCCCCAUCGAGCGCCUCGCCAACGAGAAGCUCAAGCUCGGCCUGAGGUUCGCUAACAGCCUCGUCACCGCCGGCUUGGCUGCUGCUACGCGAAGGAAUGAUGGUAGGGAAACUGAGCCCUUUGCCCUGCUGUGUGCGUGGGUUCCCUACUUGUUCAUCAACACAGCCGAUCCGAUUUGUUCGGAAUAUGUAGGGUAUUUCAAGCACAGGGAGGAUAUGGAGUCCAUUGGGGCGGGGAAGAUUGGGAGGCUUGCCACCAAGCAUUCCAUUGGGAGCGUUUUGUCGAGUGCGGUAGGGAAGGAGCGUGAACCACUGCAUCUCAUUCCCUCUGCUUAUCUCACUCUCAACCUUACUCCUCCCUCCAAUUUUAGGGAGGCUCAUGGGAUUUGCCAAUGGUGGGCCCACGAUUUGCUCUUGGACUACAAGUAUUACCAACACAAAUGAACGCUCCAACUCCUCUUCUUCAAUCCAUCUUGGCCUUGCAGGGCAGCUAAAUGUGAAAUGUAUUGUUUGCGUCAUUCAAGGUUCAACAACUUAAUUUAUGUAUCUGUUGAGCAUCUUUUCACAUGCAGUUGAUUAUUUACAAACAGAUA